AUGAUUGGAAGUAUCGACUGCAUGCACUGGCAAUGGAAGAAUUGUCCUAAGGCUUGGCAAGGGCAGUUUACUAGUGGACACAAGGGGACGGCAACAGUUAUCCUUGAGGCAGUGGCAUCUUUUGAUUUAUGGAUAUGGCAUGCUUUUUUUGGUUUGCCAGGUACAUUGAACGACAUUAAUGUACUAGAUAGGUCACCGGUAUUUGACGAUAUUGAGUCCGGUGAAGCCCCGGAGGUGAAUUUCAUUGUCAAUGGGCGACAAUACAAUCGUGCUUACUAUCUUGCAGAUGGAAUAUAUCCGAAAUGGCCUGUCUUUGUCCAAUCAAUUCAAUUGCCCCAAGGCAACAAAGCGCAGUUGUUUGCCAAACAACAAGAAUCAUGUAGGAAGGAUGUGGAACGCGCAUUUGGGGUUCUCCAAGCACGAUUUGCUAUUAUUCGCCAGCCCGCUAGAAUGUGGGACAUUGAGGUCUUAGGUAAAAUAAUGAGGGCUUGCAUUAUUUUACAUAACAUGAUAGUCGAGGAUGAACGAGAUACUGGACAGGUGUCGAGUCGACCUGAGCAUUCAUAA